AUGUUCUUUGAAUACAUCGAUGAUGAAGACUCCGAGAUAGGCCAGUUGAUCAAAGCCGAUCCUUAUUGGCGCUACGUAUUGAAAACUGGGAGGUACGCCGGACGCACUUUACAGCAGCUAGAUAACGAUAAAAGCGACGACAAUUGCGUCAGUUACUUAAGAUGGAUGCUGACCGCCGAGAAAGCCUGUAAGGGCGUUGAUGACGACCACAUUGUGCGAAGGGGUUUACUUCAAUGGAACAAUCAAGCUGGGUAUCGCGCCACUAUUCCUCCAUCGGACGAAGUUCCUCCCUACGCCACGGGAAAGAAUGCGCCUUCGUUGUUAAAGAAGCUGGUCGUCUCAGUUCCUUCACCCGAGCGCUUCAAAACUGCUGGAGGAAAACCUAUCUGGAUUUCUGGAUCCGAUAUCAUCGGUCUCUUCCAUAUGCAGCGACACCAGUUGAGCCGCUUCGGUGUGAAAGACCUUGAAGAGUACCGCAAUUCUCAACGGUUCCGUAAAAGAAAGUACUCGCUCGAACAAGUAUGGGAGGUCGCGAAGCGUACGCCUAAUUGCCCGCUCGAUCAGACGCCUGAUGAGGCUGUCGAUCGGUACCUCCUUAAGGUCCAGAAAUGCGGAAAUGGUGGAAUUGGAUCUCUUCGUAUCAUCUGCGGGCACAAAGACUGUGAACAGAUGCGAACUGGUGGGCCCAGCGAGGCGGGGCAGAGGUUUUGGGUGGAUAUGUACAAGGAGAUGCUGUAG